GCAUGUGGUAUCAGUUGAGGAUCACAUGCUGGAUCUUUCCCUCUGGUACUACAUGUUAGAUUUUCAACGAAACUCGUAGUAUCCAACUAAAUUCAUUCCGAUCUUGCUUUCCAUCUGAAGAGAGAAGGAAGCAAAAGUAGCUAGCUAGGCAGGGAAGGCGAGGAUGCUCCGGAAGAGCUCGAGCCAUAAGACACUCCGAGACGUGAUGCUGGAGGAGAGGACGAGCAGCACGGGCAUGGCCAGCCGCCUCCUCGCCCCUGACGCCUCCCUCUCCAACCCGUCGUUCCGCAACUACUACGGCGUUGCCUCCGCCGGCUCGGUGCCGUUCCUCUGGGAGUCGGCGCCGGGCACUCCCAAGAAGUGCAUCUCGUCGGCGGACCUCCCGCCUCUCACGCCGCCGCCAUCCUACUACAGCAAGACCAGCAAGUCCAAGUCAUCCAAGAAGCUGCUGCCAUCGCCCAAGCCGGCCGGCCUCGUCCCGAAAAUCUUCAGGAGGAGCCACACGAUGCCGUCUCCCUCGCCGUCCAAUAAGGAGAGCGUCCCGGUCCAGAGCAGCCGGAGGAAGCGGAUGGUGGAUAGUCCUCGGUCGUCGUUCUCGUCGACGUCAAGGGUGGACGACGAAGAAGAAGAAGAAGAAGAAGGCGACGGGGAGGCGAGGUCAACCCUGUGCUUCGGGAUGCGGCACUCCGGCGGGGGAACCCGCAGGCUGCAUGGGCUGCUUGCCUCCGUUGUCGGAGGCUAGUUAAUUAAAGGUUCGGUGUAUCUUAAUUACUAGGGCCUGCAUUGUUUGUUCGACCUUUUCCUAGGGUCUUGCAUCCUCCUUGGGUGUUAUUACGGUGUUACUGCGGCUUCGUAUCUGCUUUGUGACUGGAAUUUCUCAGUUUGUACGUGAACUAGCUGCCCAUCUCGCAACCUUGCAGUUGAUAUUGGCUCGAGACAUGCUGCUAAUUGCCACCAUAGAUGUCAAGUUGGA